CUGGGAGUCGUAGUUUCGGCCUGCUCCCGGGCAGGCGCCGAUUCGGCUGCGUGAGCGUUUUCAGCUCGUCUUUUAUUUAUUUUUCUUGCGCCGCUCCCGGGCCGGUAGGUGGUGAGUGGCAGCCUUUUGUGGAGUCUACAAGGGCCCAUCGUGGGGCCCCAGAGCCCCAGCCCUGCCCCAUGGUGAUGACAUUGGGGGAUUUCCCUGAAGGGCUGGAAUCCAUCCAGGUUGGAACCUAGCUGUCCUGAGACCUUCCUUCAGAACCUCAGUGCAGACGCUGGUGAGAAGAAGCUGCUGGUGUGUAUAGGAACCGGCUGAUCCUGUGUGAGGACGGGAGACUUAGAGGAGGAUCAUCACAUCCAGGAGACAAGCAAGGAAGGAGCCACUAUGAAGGGCUUGGACCCGAUGUUGGAGGAGAGAGUUCUGGCUUCUCAGGACUCUGGCCAGGAAGUGGGACUCGAUGGGGAGGAGAAAAUGGCUUCUGAGUUCCUAAAAGCCACGUCUCAGAAAUUGCUGACAUUCCAAGACGUGGCUGUGGACUUCACCCGGGAGGAAUGGGGGCUCUUGGAGCCAGCUCAGAAGGACCUGUUCAGGGACGUGAUGCUGGAGAGCUAUGAGAACUUUGUGUCUCUGGGGCUUCCAGAUUCCAAAGAAGAUGUGAUCUCCCAGUUGGAGAAGACAGAAGAACCAGGGCCCCCUGAAGGAGAAGAAGUCCCAGGAAACACUUACACAGAUUUUCUUCAUGAAUAUAAUGUAUUUGGAAGACUUCAUACUGAAGAGAAACCACUUGAAUUUAAUGAAUGUGGGAAAGCCUUCAUCAGUAAAAAUGAUCUAGGCCAAGAUCAAAAAAUACAUACUGGAGGUACACCCUGUAGCUGUAAUGACUGUGGAAAAGUCUUCGGUCAGAAUCAACACCUUAAAAUACAUACAAUAUUUCUUACUGCUAAGAAUCCUUUUGAAUAUAGUGAAUGUGGGGAAGCUUACCUAGCUGAACAUCAAAGAAUUCAUACUGAAGAUAAACCAUAUAAAUGUAAUUUAUGUGUGAAAGUCUUCAGCAGUAAAUACUACUUAGGGCAACAUGAGAAAAAUCAUACUGGAGAUAUACUCUAUAGAUGUAAUGAAUUUGGAAAAGCCUUUAGGAAGAGAGGAAACCUAUAUGAACAGAAAAGAGCUCACUAUGGUGAGAAACCCUACUUAAUUAAUAAAUAUGGGAGAGCCUUCACACAGCAGGGAAGCCUAAAAAUCCAUGAGGUAAUUCAUAAUGGAAAGAAGUCCUUUGAAUGUAAUGAAUGUGGGAAAGGCUUUAAGCACCGAUCAGUUCUUUUGAGACAUCAGACGAGUCAUACUGGAGAGAAACCAUAUAUAUGUAAUGAGUGUGGGAAAGCCUUCAGUCAAAAGGGAAAUCUUAAAAUGCAUAAGAUAAUUCAUUCUAGAAAUAAGCCUUUUGAAUGUAUGGAAUGUGGGAAAGGCUUCAGGAAUAGCUUUUCCCUUUUACAGCAUGAGAGAGUUCAUACAGGAGAGAAACCCUUUGACUGUAAUGAAUGUGGGAAAGCUUUCAGCCAGAAGGCAAACCUUAAUUCACAUAAGAGAAUUCAUACUGGAGAGAAACCCUAUGUAUGUAAUGAAUGUGGAAAAGCAUUCAGCCAAAAGGCCAGCCUUAAUUCACAUAAGAGAAUUCAUACUGGAGUGAAACCAUAUUCAUGUAAUGAAUGUGGAAAGACCUUUAGUCAAAAGGGAAAUCUGAAAAUGCACAUGAUAACUCAUACUCAAAAGAAGCCCUUUGAAUGUAUCGAAUGUGGGAACAGCUUCAGAAAUACUUUUCACCUUUUGCAACAUGAGAGAAUGCAUAUUGGACAGAAACCCUUUGAAUGCAAUGAAUGUGGGAAAGGCUUCAGACACAUCUCAGUGCUUUUGAGGCAUUAUAGAAGUCACACUGGAGAGAAACCCUAUGAGUGUAAUGAGUGUGGAAAAGCCUUCAGCCAAAAGGGAAACCUUAAAAUGCAUAAGAUAAUUCAUACUAGAAAGAAGCCCUUUGAAUGUAUGGAGUGCGGGAAGGGUUUCAGGAAUAGCUUUUCCCUUUCACAACAUGAGAGAAUUCAUACAGGAGAAAAACCUUAUGUGUGUAAUGAAUGUGGGAAGGCCUUCAGCCAAAAGACAAACCUUAAUUCACAUAAAAGAAUUCAUACUGGAGAAAAAGCAUAUUCAUGUGAUGAAUGUGGGAAAGCAUUUGGAAAUAGCUUUUAUCUUUUACAACAUGAGCGAAUUCAUACUGGAGAGAAACCCUUUGAAUGUAUUGAAUGUGGAAAAGGUUUCAGGUAUAUCUCAAUCCUUUUGAGACAUCAGAGAACUCAUACUGGAGAGAAACCUUAUGAAUGUAAUGAAUGUGGGAAAGCUUUCAGCCAAAAGGGAAACCUUAAAAUGCAUAAGAUAAUUCAUUCUAAAAAGAAGCCCUUUGAAUGUAAUGAAUGUGGGAAAGGCUUUAGGAAUAGCUUUUCCCUUUUACAACAUGAGAGAAUUCAUACUGGAGAGAAACCUUAUGAAUGUAAUGAAUGUGGAAAAACCUUCAGGCAAAAGACAAACCUUAAUUCACAUAAGAGAAUUCAUACUGGAGAGAAACCCUAUGUAUGUAAUGAAUGUGGAAAAGCAUUCAGCCAAAAGGCCAGCCUUAAUUCACAUAAGAGAAUUCAUACUGGAGUGAAACCAUAUUCAUGUAAUGAAUGUGGGAAGGCCUUCAGCCAAAAGGCAAGCCUUAAUUCACAUAAGAGAAUGCAUGCUGGAGUGAAACCAUAUUCAUGUAGUGUUUGUGGCAAAGGCUUCAGUCAUAACUUUUACCUUUUACAACAUGAGAGAAUUCAUAGUGGAGAGAAACCCUUUGAAUGUAAUGAAUGUGGGAAACGCUUCAGACACAUCUCGGUCCUUUUGAGACAUCAGAGAAGCCAUACUGGAGAGAAACCCUAUGAAUGCAGUGAGUGUGGGAAAGCCUUCAGCCAAAAGGGAAACCUUAAAAUGCAUAAGAUUAUUCAUUCUAGAAAGAAGCCCUUUGAAUGUAAUGAAUGUGGGAAAGGCUUCAGGAAUAGCUUUUCCCUUUUACAGCAUGAGAGAAUUCAUACUGGAGAAAAACCAUUUGAAUGUAAUGAAUGUGGGAAAGCUUUCAGCCAAAAGACAAACCUUAAUUCACAUAAGAGAGUUCAUACUGGAGAAAAACCCUAUAAAUGUACCCAUUGUGGGAAAGCCUUUAGCCAAAAGGGAAGCCUUAAUAAGCAUCACAAAACUUGUAGGGGAGAAAAACACUUUGAAUAAAAUGAAGGGGCACUAGCCUAUAAUCAGAGCUUAAACAAUUAUAAUUCAGUACAUAUAGACCCUUUGAAUAUAGUGAAUUUGAGAAAGCCUGACAUAAUUCAUUAGAAGCAUGGGAUUCAUAAUAGGUAUAAACCCUGUGAUUCAAAUGAAUGGGAAAACUUUCAGCUGGAAGGGAAAGCAUUACACAUUAGAAAACUCAUUCAAGAAAUCUUUUUCAUGUAAUGAGUGGGAUUUUUAAAAAUGGUAUAUAAACUUAAAAAAAAACCAUGAGACUAUUAAUGCUGGACAAAACAUGCAAAUGUACAGAAUGUAGAAAAAGAUUUCAUGAGAAAAUAAAAACAUUGCAUAUCAGAAAAUUCAUACUGAAGGCAAGGACAUAGUGUAACGAAAGUGAGCAAACUUUCAAAAAGUAGAGAGGAUCACAAGAGACUUCAUACUGAGAGAGAAAUUCUUUGGAUGUAAUUAAAACCUUUAGGUGAAGCCAAACCUUUGUUAUACAAAUCACUAUGGUGGAUAAUUUAAAAAAACAAACAAACACUUGGGAAAGCCUUCAUCUAGAGGAAACAACCCACACAACAUCAGCUAAUUCAUACUGGUGAGAAUCUCCAUAGAUGUAAUGAAUAAUAGAUCAUGCCUCAUCCCAGAUGUCAUGCUGGAAUUUAACUGCACAAUUACAUAAUGGAGGGGAAAGCUUCAGAAAAUUCUAGUCAUAGAAUUUCAGAGUUGGAAGGGAUUUUAGAAGCCAUCAAGUUCAAUCUUUAUUUGAAACAAAACUGCCUUUACAACAUUGCAGAUUACCUGGAAUUUCCUUUGAGAUUUUUAAAAAGGGAAAACUUUUUGUCUCCCAAGGAAGCUAACUCUAUUUUUGGAUGGGGCUAAUUUUUAAUAUUUUUUUUCUUUGAAAAAAACUAAAUUUACCUGCCUCCACACACACUUUCCCCCCCUAAUUUUUUGGCAGCUUCUCCCUAUUUCUCCUAGUUUCACCCACAGCCAAGGAGAGCAAGCUUAAUCUCCACUGAAAACACGACAGAUAUUUGAAGAUAGUUAUUGUGUCAUUCCUCUUCCACCACAGCUGAGGUUUUCUCUUCAGGUGAAACAUCUUUAGUUCUUCUGCUUGUGCUUAUGAGUUGGCUAUUAAGUCCCUUCACUUUCCUGGUUUCCCUUUGCUGCACAUUCUUCAGAUAACACUAAAAUGUGGCACCUAGAAUGUAAAUGAAUAAACAUUAGCCAUAUGGCAAACAUUAUGCUAAAUGCUGGAGAUACAAAUGCAAAAAUGAGCCAGCCCCUGCCUUGAAGGAGCUUACAUUCUAAUUGGUUGAAACCAUGCAGCUUAGGGGAAUGUUUACCCAGGAAAAUUAUUUUAAACUGGGAAAUCACAGUUGGGGUGGGGGUGGGGGUGGUGAAUGGUACCAUAGAGAAAUUGACAUGCUUUUUUAAAGUAACAAUAACAGCAUUACUUUAAUUUUCAGCAUAGUUCCUGAGCUGGAAAACCAAGCAGUAGGGAUUAUGGGGGCAAGGGAAUGCGGUGGCAGUGAAGGUGGCAAGAUUACUGUUGCGGAAUAUGAAAUGUGAUCAAUGUCAGCAAAAUAUAGGGAGCUAUAUGAUGCACUUACAAUUCAGAUGAGCUUGGGCCUCAGGGUGAGAAAUCCAGAGAUGAAAGAUAUAUUUCAGAUCAGAUGACUGUUUUAGAUCAGGGGUUCUUAGCUUUUUAAAAUUAUAUAGACCCCAUGGCAAUCUGGUGAAACCUAUGGACCCCUUCUCUGGAUAAUGCUUUUAAAUGCAUAAAAUAAAAGACUUAGGCUUAUAAAGAAAACAUUACAUUGAAAUCCAAUUGUUAAAACAUUGCAUGCAUGUUCCCAGACUCCCUGAAAUCUUUUUGUGGUCUCUAAGUUAAGAAUCUUUGCCCUAAAUUUGCUCUGGACAGAAUUAAUAACAUGGUAGUAUCAGGGCAGGUAGGUGGCACAGUGGAUAAAGCACCAGCCCUGGAUUCAGGAGGACCUGAGUUCAAAUUUGGCCUCAGACACUUGACACUAGCUGUGUGACCCUGGGCAAGUCACUUAACUCAUUGUCCCACCAAAAAACAACAAUAAUAAUAAUAUGGCAAUAUCUCCUUCAUUUUGACAAUUAUACUUCUCAUGCAGUAUAGGAUUAAAUUAGCUUUCUGGGCAAUUCUUUCAUGAUGCUUGACUCCUUCUGACUUCGAUCCAAAUUUCCAGAUAUUUUUCAAAUCAACUACACUCUAGCUGUUACUAGCUGACUAGGGUGGUCCAAAGUGUUAGUCAUCUUUCCUGGUUUUUGAUAACAUUGUCUUCUAAGCCAUUAACAGAACUCAUAUAGCACAGGAUUCAGCACAGAUCCCUGAGCCACUUCAUUAGCUAGCUCUCAAAUUGCCAUUAAAAAAGUAUCAUCAGAUAAAAUCAUAAUUUAUUUCUGAAGAGGUCAUGUGAGAUUUUGUUCCCAACUACAAUAAUGUCUGUUUCCUUGAGAAACUUCCUGUUAUAGUACAAUGUGAUCCACAUAUCAGACAGAGGUUCUGUACUUAACAGCCCACAAAUUUAAGCCGGUGGUAUAUAGGCAGUCUUUUGGUACUCUUUCUUCAUGGUCUCUUAGAUCAUCCAGGUAGACAAGCACCUCCCAUUAGUUCAUAACACCAAUUACUUUUUGUAUGAGCUGCAGAAAAGUAGCAGGGUGUUUUGGGCAGCCUUUUUUUUGUUUGUUUGUUUGUGAGCCAGUGCCUUAUUUUGACUGCUGUGAUUCACCUGACAGUUUUGAGGCACUACUGAUGUAUGAAAAUUUACCUUUAGCUGUGAGGCUAAUGGAUGGAUCAAGGCAGCAACAUUAUUUUAAUUAUUAUUAUUAUUGUUAUUAUUAUUAGUCUCAUCAUUCAUUUUCUUAGUAUUACCACUUUUCGACUGUAUACUUAAAUGGCAAAGUGCAACCCCUAUUUUGGGAGACUUCCUAAAUAGAAGAAUCUUUUGCAUUAGCUAAGAUUUAUUUUAAUUUUUUUUCCUUAUAUGUUAAGAAUUGAUCAUUUUCAUUUUGAGAGAUUUAAGAACUCUGAUUGAUACAGUGAGCAACCAGAACUCCAGAGGACUGAUAAGGGAGUGUGUUAUCUACCUCCUGCAAGGAGGGAUGGAUGCAAGCUGCCCAGUGAGACAGGCAUACAUUUUUGGACAUGGCCAAUUUGUAGAUUUGCUUUACUUGACUAUGAUUAUUGGUUAUAAGGAUUGGUUUUUUUCUUUUUUUGUAUUGGGGGAGAGGGAAUUUGCAAAGGAGAGAAAGAAGAGGCUCAUUGCAGUAUGUUUUUUUUUUUAAUUCUUAGAAGGAAAAUGAAGGAUAUUCAGAAGAAGAGAGAUAAGCAAAAUAGCUUUGAAAGUAACAUGUUGAAUUUCCUGUGUAUUUUUUUUAAAGCAAGCUGUGUAUAAUAGACACUCACAUUUUCACAUAUCCUAUUCUGCUGUUCUACUUUGUAUAUGGAAAUAUUCAAUUUCUUUUUGGCAUCCAUUAACUUUAGAGUAAAAUUUUUUUUAAAAGAAUGUAAGCUACUUGAGGGCCAACAUAUUUCAUUUUGGUUGUAUCCCUAGCCCUCCACAGAACAAGUGAUUAUUCAAUUCUUCUUGUAGCUUUCUUUAAAAAAAUACUAUUUUUCUUGGAAAUGUAGUCAUUUGCAGUUUCAUACAGUUGCGUGGUAAAAGUUUAAGUAGGUCUCUUCCCCUCUUAAAGGUUUUGCACCUGUGCUCUUAAGAAUAACAUCAUCAAGGUCAUUUUCAGGCUUUAUUUAGAUCCAAAAUGAGGAAUUUGCCCAUCCUGAGGUAACUUCCAGCUUCCAAUGCCAGCUACUGUAUGUUAUCUUUAAAUUAAUUAUGGCUAUCAGCCCAUAAGAGGUGUCCUUCCCCUUUUACCAGUGAGUACCUUCAUUUGUGCCAACUAGAGGUCUUUAAUAUGGACUAAGGACAAGCGCUUCAGAAACUGCUUGAGUUGAGGGAAAAAAUGUCCUUCAACUCAAACAUACGAACCCUGGCCGGUUCAUCUUAAGUGGUUAAGAACAGCCAAAGAGCAGCAGGAUUUACUGGUACAAAAGGACAUUUUGCAACCUCCCAGCCAAAUGACAAUACUAGUGUUUGUGUCAGCAUGGAAGAGACUGGAAGAACACACUGAAUCCAACAAUGAACAGUUACUAUCUUUUCAAUUGAAGUCUACCUUUUGUCAUAGAAGUCCUGAAUGAGACUUGGUGGGUUGAAUCCCAGCUGUCAUUAUUUUGACUGGCAGUCCAUUUCUUAUUCUGCUGGAUUUUGUUAAUGUACAGAAAAGCUGAAAGUUUUUGUGAUUUUAAGUCCUGCUUUUUGACUGAAGUUGUUUGAAUUUUAUGUUGAAUUUCUUGUCUUUAAGUAAUAUCAUCUACAAAUAGUUACAUUUUGUUUCCUCUUUGAAUGUGCUUUUCCUAAUUUCUUUUUCUUGUCUCUUUGUUAUAGCUUAGCAUUUCUGUAACUAUUAAAAAUAGUCUAACAAUUUGCCUCUCAUUGAUCAUAAAAUCCCCUAGUGUUUCUCUGUCACAAAUGAUGUUAACUCUAAGUUUUAUACUAGAUAAAGAAAGAUCCACUUAUUGUUGGGUUUAUUUAGUGUUCUAAUGUGAUGGUGUUGUAUUUUAAUCAAGAGCUUUUUCUGUAUUGAUAUAAUCUUGAUUUUUUUGUUAUUAAUGUGGCAAAUGCAGUGACCAAUCAUGACUUCAGAAGACAGAUGAUGAAGUAAGUUGUGUUAGGAGGCUACUGGAAGCUGUCCUAAACACAGGCAAUAUUAGAGUGGCAUAAAUGACUGACCUCACACAAUGUUUAUAGAAUGGAUUUAUUUUAUAAGGAUAUAAUUGUCGAGCACAGGCCAGUGAUAUGUUCUGAUCUGAUUCUGGUGAAUUCUGGUCUCUUGUUUUCUCCCUUUUUUUUUUUCCCCAUGGAAAUGAGCUGUGGUUGGGUGUGUCCAAAGGGCCACCAGGUACUAUGUCAUAAGCACAAUGCCUCCUGUCCGGUUUGAGUCAAAGAAACCUUUGUGGAUUUGCUUCCUUUGUGGCAGAGGACUGCCCAGAAGUUUUCCUACUCCCAAUGUAACUUGAGUUUUGAGCUGAAUCAUACUCUAGUGAUUUCCCCUAUGCCAUCUGUGCCCCAGGGCCUUGUGAAACCCAGAUUAUGUGGCAGGACUGACCAUUGCCUAGCGCAUUUUGCUCUCUCUCUGCACCUCUUAUCAGAAUGCUACUGGAAUAGAAAUGUGGAAUGAGAGAUUUUCAGGCAUGGCCAAUGCAUUGAUUUUGUUUUUUGUUUGGCUAUAUUUAUUGUUACACAGAAAGGAUGAUUAUGGUACCUUAGUGGGUAGUGACAGAUACAAAAUUAAAAUGAAAGAAAAGAAUAUCAACAAAACAUAAAAAUACAAGAAAGGAAGCAAGUUCAGAAAAUAACACAUGACAAUUUUAUAACUACCUUGUUGAAUUUAGUACAUUUUUUUUCUAAACAAGACCACAGCUUCAUAUACAAUCCUCUUUUUUUCAUUUUUUCAUGUUAAAUAUUUGAGGAACACACACACACACACACACAC